AUGGACCAGCCAACUGCGAAAAUUCCUCGAUCGGUUGGUCCGUAUACUACAAAUUGUGAGGCCAACCCGAAACGCUAUCAAAGCAUUUCAAGUGUGACUAAAAAGCCUCCGGUUACCGAUGGUCGAAAGUGUACCGAACCCGGUGCCGGCACGCAGUAUCUAACCGCAACAUCAACUACGACCCCAUCUCACAACACAGCUUCAAUGAACUUUUCCAUGGGGAUGCACAACCUCCGAAUACAAACACAGUCCGGUGCCCCAAUGGGACUGCCACCCAAUGCGAUGGUCGUUUCUAUGGAAUUUGGGAACGUGCUCUAUCAAGGCGUGCUUUUCGGACAGGCCAAACGGUAG